UACAUGGUUAUUGCAGAGGAACGGUAUAGCAGAAUGGCGCUGAAUGGAGAGUCUCACAUUCUAGAAGGAUAUGGUGGACUUAGUUUGUCCAUUGAAGGCCCCAGCAAGGCAGACAUUGACUGUCAAGACACACCAGAUGGAAACUGUUUGGUCUCCUACAAACCCACUGAACCAGGAACCUAUAUCAUCAAUAUUAAGUUUGCGGAUGAACAUGUUCCAGGCAGUCCAUUUGCUGUCAAGAUCCGCGGAGAGCCAUCAGACAAGCUGGUGGAGAAGAUCAUGCGCCAGGCGCAGGCCGUGGAUGUCACACAUGUCGGGAGCCAGUGUGAACUUAGCCUUAAGAUCCCAGGCUCCAGCCCUGUGGACAUGAAUGCCUCAGUGACCAGUCCAUCUGGAGUGACCGAGUUGUGCGAAAUCAUCGACUUGGACGACUGCCACUAUAGCAUCAAGUUUAUCCCCAAGGAAAUGGGAGUCCACACUGUUAGCGUGAAGCACAAAGAUAUGCAUAUACCUGGCAGCCCAUUCCAGUUCACAGUUGGUCCUAUCACAGAAGGUGGCUCACACAAGGUUCAUGCUGCUGGCCCUGGCUUGGAGAAGGGAGAGGUCAACGAGAAAUGCGAAUUCAACAUCUACACACGUGAGGCAGGUGCUGGAGGUCUGUCGAUUGCAAUUGAAGGACCAUCCAAGGCAGAGAUUGACUUUGCGGACCGCAAGGACGGGUCGUGUGGAGUGUCCUACGAGUGCACAGAACCUGGUGAAUACAUGGUGUCUAUCAAGUUUAAUGAUGAGCACAUCCCUGACUCUCCAUUCAAAGUGUACAUGUCAGCCUCCAGUGGAGAGGCCAAGACGGUCACUGUAGCAAGUCUAGAACAGGCGGGACUUGUGAUUGGCAAACCAAGCACAUUCUCUGUUAACUUGAAUGAAGCCAAGGUGGGACGUCUUGAAGCCAGAGUAACUGCGCCAUCUGGUGCCGAAGAUAAUGCGUUCAUCCAAGAGAUUGAUGAAGGCCACUAUGCUGUUAGGUUUAUCCCCAGAGAAAAUGGCCGCCAUUACAUCCAUGUGCUAUACAACGGCAACCACAUCCCAGGCAGUCCAUUUGUUGUCAUGGUAGGCAAACUGGACGCUGAUCCUGGCAUGGUUCAGGCCUAUGGUCAGGGACUGGUCAAGGGAGAGACAAACAAAGUAGCUAAGUUUAUUGUGAAUACAAUGAAUGCAGGAGCAGGUGCCCUGUCUGUGACAAUAGAUGGGCCAUCCAAGGUAGAUCUACAGUGCAAAGAGGUAGAAGAGGGUUACGAGUUCUCAUACACACCCACAUCCCCUGGAGGUUACCUUAUCGCCAUCAAGUUUGCUGGCAACUACCACAUUGUAGGAAGUCCAUUCAAGGCUAAUAUUACAGGUAAUCUGGCUGAUAUAGGACAAAUCAUGUGUAAUAUGAUGAUAAAAACAACUAUUAAGUUUCCGUUAUUCCACUUUUUUCUAUGAAUACCAAAAUGUUGC